AUGAGCAGCCGAACGACAGUAUCAUGUGUUGAUGUCAAUGAUAUUAUGUCUGCAUUUGGUGAUUGGACAUUAAGGCUUGAUGUAAAGGUCUUUUAUUCUGCUCUUUAUGCGACAAUAUUUGUUGUUGGAUUGAUUGGUAAUGGUUUACUGAUUGGAAGUUUAGCAAAACGGAAACGAAUUUCAGUUCCGAAUAUAUUUCUCAUUAAUUUAGCUAUUUCCGAUUUGGUGUGGGAUGGUGAUAAGAUUGAUAAAAGAACGGUGUGGGAUGGUGAUAAGAUUGAUAAAAGAACGGUGUUGGAUGGUGAUAAGAUUGAUAAAAGAACGGUGUUGGAUGGUGAUAAGAUUGAUAAAAGAACGGUGUUGGAUGGUGAUAAGAUUGAUAAAAGAACGGUGUUGGAUGGCGAUAAGAUUGAUAAAAGAACGGUGCGGGAUGGUGAUAAGAUUGAUAAAAGAACGGUGUUGGAUGGUGAUAAGAUUGAUAAAAGAACGGUGUUGGAUGGUAAUAAGAUUGAUAAAAGAACGGUGUGGGAUGGUGAUAAGAUUGAUAAAAGAACGGUGUGGGAUGGUGAUAAGAUUGAUAAAAGAACGGUGUUGGAUGGUGAUAAGAUUGAUAAAAGAACGGUGUUGGAUGGUAAUAAGAUUGAUAAAAGAACGGUGUGGGAUGGUGAUAAGAUUGAUAAAAGAACGGUGCGGGAUGGUGAUAAGAUUGAUAAAAGAACGGUGUUGGAUGGCGAUAAGAUUGAUAAAAGAACGGUGUUGGAUGGUGAUAAGAUUGAUAAAAGAACGGUGUUGGAUGGUGAUAAGAUUGAUAAAAGAACGGUGCGGGAUGAAUGUGAUCAAAAAUGA